AUGGCCAACCAUCACGGCACAAUCCUAGAUCUACGAGGACAACAUGAUGAUCCACAUGUGGACCUUCGCCCAUCAAUUGUUCGUGGCCUACAGCAAACACAGCCGGAGUUACCGUCUAUCGUGAUGUGGGAUGAAGUCGGACUGAACUGUUACGAAGAGCUGUGCCACCAUCCGGCCUACUACCUUCGGCGCGCGGAAGUUGAGAUCCUGUCCCAGCAUGCGACCAGCAUCGCCCAGACAAUCCCAGCUAACGCGAUCGUCCUUGAACUGGGCUGUGGGUCGUUGACCAAAACCUGUCUGCUCCUGUCCGCACUCGCUGCCCAAGACAAACCGAUCGCCUAUUACGCUCUGGAUCUGGUCGCCUCCACCCUCGAGGAUAGUCUUCAAAGUCUCCGGACGGCGUUUCCGGCGGAGGGUCUGGUGCAGGUCUCGGGAGCUGUCACAUUCCUGACUUCCUGCCGGCGGGCGUGCUCCGACGUGCCAUGUUCGUUCAUUGUCGGAGUGGACGGGUGUCGCGACGAGGAGCGUCUGAUGGCGGCGUAUAACAUGUCCCAGGGACCAUUUCACGCGUUCAUGUGCAACGGACUGGCGGCAGUUAAUCGACUUCCUUGGGGGACAGUCUUUGAGCCCGGCCGCUGGCAGGUUCGGGGUGGCUUCGAUCCGAUAACGAAAAUGAUGCGAUUCGGACACAUGACGGUGCAGCCGGUGACGGUGCAACUGGACGGCUGUUCAAUCACCUUCGGCCAAGGGACGUGGAUUAAGCAGCUGGUCAGUGGCAAAUGGACGACCGACGAUGUCCGCGAAGUUGCAGAGAGCGCUGGGUUUGAGCUUUCCAGGUGCUGGGCGGAUGAGACAGGCUCAUACGGUGAGUGA